GUCAAAACCCAAACAAAUCUGAGCUGCAACACUCACCACUGCAGCUAUGCUUCUAUUGACCAUGUGUGAUUCAUUAUUACAUUUCUGAUAUGGCGAUUUCUCAUGAAAAAGGAGCCAUGUGGCGCCAUCCCUCAGAAGACUUCAGCGUGUCCAACAUUAGGUAUUUUUCCAGACACAAAGGAGAGGUGAACUGCUGCGCAUUCUCACCUGACUGUCAGAUUCUGCUCACGUGCUGUGAUGACGGCAGACUGUACCUGUGGAACUCCACCAGUGCAAAACACCUGGCCACAUUUAGCGGACACUCAGGUCCUGUGAAAUCAUGUGUUUUCUCCUCGGAUGGUCAGCUGUUUGCGAGCGCGUCUCACGACCGUACCGUCAGAAUCUGGAGCCGCUCCGGCACUGAAUGCACACACUUACUGACAGCUCACAGAGGGAGUGUGGAGACGGUGAGCUUCAGUCCGGACGCUCAGUGGCUGGUUUCGGGUGGAUGGGACAACAGAGCACUGAUCUGGAGAGUUCAGAGCGGUGAGAUGGUGGAGGAUCUGCGGGGUCACACUGCAGCUGUCCAGAGCAGUGCCUUCUCAUCAGACUCACAGUGUGUGGCCACGGGCUCCUGGGAUCGGGCCGUGAGAGUCUGGAAACUUCUUGAGGAAAAAGAGGCUGUGACAUUACAGGGGCACCUGGGAAACGUGGCCUGUCUCUGUUUCUCUGUUAGUGGGAUGCUGGCCUCAGGCUCAUGGGACGGCACAGUGCGUGUUUGGUUGCCGAUGCGUCACGCAUGUCUGUUUGUGUUGGGAGGUUGUGAGCGUGUUUGGGUCAGGAGUCUGGCUUUCUCCAGAGACGGACUGGUUUUAGCAUCCACCGCUGAAGGCGACAUGGUGAGGAUCUGGGAUGUGACCACUGGAGUCUGUCUGAAGAGGCUGCAGGGCCAUAAGGACUCGGCAUAUGGCUGUGCGUUCACUCCUGAUGGGAAGCUUCUCACCAGCGGUUCUGAGCAGCUGGAUGUAGAAGAGGAUGAGGAAAACAGCACAGAGGAGAGAAGUGAGUUUAAACACAGAACAGGACAGUAAAGAUGACGGACCAUGAGGACGGCCAGUACAUUGUGACCCACGGUGAAUGAAAGCAGCUGUGGAACUGCAUCCAGUUUUACACAGAUAAUCAGCGAUUAUAAACUCACCGACACACACCUCCGCAGUGAAUGUUAUGCGGCCUUCUGCAUGUCUGAAUGAACAUAUUUAUGAGACGAGCAUCCAUGAAAACCACCACAAUAACUUUCAGUUUGGGUUCAUAAGGUUUCAAUUGUUUUGUGAUUGUUGGCAGUUUGUAUGCAUUUUUUUUUGUACUGUUUAGAAGGUAUUCACCUUGUUUUUCAAUGCAAAAGUAAGCUAUUUGUGAAUGUGUGAGAUUUCUGAUCAAUUAUUUACUAUUUUCACUGCAAACUAGUGUUUAUGGUUAUGGUAAUACAUAAAAAAAUGAUAAUAGCAGUUUGCAACAUCAAGCAGCAGAUCAGCAAAACAGACUAUUUUGAUACUGCUAAAAUAACGAAGUGGAUGACAAUGGAAGGUGAUUUUAAUGAUACU